AUGGUGAAGAAAGGAGGCAGUAAGAAGAAGAUACCCAUUGAGAAGAUCGAGAAGGAAACGUCUCGAAGACCUUGUUGCUCCAAACGCUAUAGCAGUAAGGGACUCUUCGGUAAAGCCUCGCAGCUCUGUCUUCUAUCCGGCGGACAAAUUGCCAUCUUAGCUACUCCUAUUUCUGAAAAUUCCAACGUCUCUUUCUACUCCUUCGGGCACUCUUCUGUUGAUGCCGUCGUUUCCGCUUUUCUCUCUGGAAAACGUCCUCUUUUCUCGCCAGAAAACAACAAACCCAUGAGGGAAGAGAUGAGUAUUUGUUUGACUCGCAAGGCUCUAGGGUUAGGAUUUUGGUGGGAAGACGAGGCUUAUACCACAUCACAAAAUCCCCAAGAACUGACCGAUGCGGUAGAUUCCAUGUCCAAGCUGUCGAAAGAUGCCAAGCAAUUGCAAAACUUGGAUGAUAUUGACAUGGAUCUUGAUCAACUCAUUGAUUUUGGGAUGACUUAUUGUCCUAUGAUGGGAUUCUUAAGACAAGUUUUGAAAGCUUACUAUCCGAUGGUGUUCUCGAAAGCACCAAAGAGCUUCAGGAGUUUGCUGCUAGUCUUCUCACUAGUUCUGAUUCUCAUGACGACUCCAUGGAUCCAAGUAUGUUCUCUGAUUCUCAACCUGUUAAAGAUGGAGAUCUGGUGCUUCAGAACAGAGGUUUGA